AGACGCACAAUGUUCAGCUGUAACCGAACUCCAUCUGCAAGUCACGUCGUCUCCCUGCUCUCCCCUCUACAGUUUCACCACAGCCAGGCCAGGGGCACUCUGGUCUGUGCCACCCUCCAAGCCAGACAGACGGCAAUACGGGGCAGACAGCUGCCUCCCAGACCGCAGCGCAUUAUGGAGGCCGUGUACAUCAAACCCUGGGAAGAGGACGAGGUGCUGCUGAAGGCCGAGGGACGGGGGAAAAGCGGGGAGCCAGAAGAGGGAGCAACGGAGGCCUCGUCUCGGACGGGUUCCACGACAGAGGAGGAAACUGACGAGGACUCGGAGCCGGAGCCCCCACCGGUUGUCCGGAGGAAGGUGUCAUUCGCAGAUGCGUUUGGCUUUAACCUGGUAUCAGUUAAAGAGUUUAAUAAUGCCGAGGAGACAGAGUCAGAUGUCAGCCUGCCCCCUGAGAGGGAGGCAACUCUUCCUUUGGAGGAGUUCUACAUGUCCUGCCUGUUUACAGUCCCCUCGUCCCCGGAGGAGCUGGACCAGAGGCUGCAGGCGCAGAUGGUCGAGCUGGAAAGCAUCGAGCUCCUUCCCGGAACCACCACAAUCCGCGGCAUCGUCAGGGUGGUCAACCUCUGCUUCAGCAAGUCCGUUUACGCCCGGAUGAGCCUGGAUCGCUGGGCGAGCUUCUUUGACCUGUUGGCGGAGUACGUGCCUGGGUCCAGCGAUAGGAAAACAGACAGGUUUACCUUCAAGUACACCCUGAUUCCUCCCUUUGAGAGAGAUGGGACCAGACUGGACAUCUGUCUGCGUUACGAGACCUCAGUGGGAACAUUUUGGGCUAAUAACAGGGACAUGAACUAUGUGCUGUUCUGCCACCAGAGGGGACACGUACAUGAGCAUGGGCCUCACAUACAAGGGGAGAGUGCCAGCUACAGGAGCACGAGGAGCUGUCUGAAAGCCUACAGGAGGGGAAGUGCAGAGGAAAAGACCAGGGACACCAGUAACACAUCAGCAGUUGUUGCAGCGGCGGCCACAGAUAAAGCAGCGGAGACUGACAGGAAGACACCGGACAGCACAGACAUGCAGUCACUGCUACACCGCAAAGAACACGAACCUUCGGUGGACAGCAUAAAAGGCAGACGCAGAGCAACACGUAUGGCACGAGUGCAGGACUGCCUCUCCCAAAGGAGGCAGCACGCACCGGAGUCUGAUUCACAUGACUCAGGCAGCGGCCAGAAAGUUUCUCAGCCGUUGCCAGCGCUGUGGGGUGACCCUGCCAGCUUUCUCCACAAGCGCCAGAAGAAGCAAUCCAUCGAGAGCCCACAGGUGCUCACCUACCACGAGAUUCCUCUGCUUACGCUGGACUGGAACAACGACAGAGCCCGUCGGCGGGGGUGCGCUCACGUGGAUGACGUCUGGAACGGGACGGCUAAAAUGACCCUGUCGAAAGCGUCAGUGGAAAAUAUGGAAGAUACACCUUCGGUUAAUGAUACGUGGGAGGCCUUUCUUAACGGUACAGAUGAUAUCACUGGUACAGAGACCUCAGUAUGCGAUGCGUGGCAGGCAUUUCUUAAUGGGCCAAGCUGUACGAACCACUCUGGCGUUCGGGAGGCAGAGUGGCUGCAGACAGCGGCGUCGGUGUCUCCCUCAAACGGUAACGGGGCCAAGACCAAAUAUGCGGCAAGCAGUCAAGAGCGUGAGUCUCAGGUGGGCGCGGAUACACCCGCCACCUUACACGCGCACGCUUCGGCAGCAUGUCAGCUGCUGCCAGAGCCUCGCGAAACGUCGCCGGCUAAUGUCGCCCUGAACACCGCAGACCACCAGCCAGCGCAGGCAUGUGUCAGCAGCCCACGAGAUGACAACACGACGACACGGGAUGCCUCCCAAAGGUCAGAGACAAACUCCGUAACAGACACUCCGCAGGAAUUUAGCCUCGGGGGGGCAACGCCUGUGUCCAAGGGCUCUGUUGACAGUUCAGCGGAGUGUCACAAGCGGGCGACGUGGGAACGAGAAAGAGGUGGAAUAAUAGAAAGUGCAGAAGGAAUAGGAAAAGAUGAGCCCUUCGCGCCGAACACAGCCGACUUGGUAACAAGCUCAGGGGAGUUGGAGACAACAGACAUGACAGCAAAGCCAGAGUCUCAGAAUGCCAGCGCCGUUGAUAGGAUCUCACAGGCAGCAAGGCUGGCUGAGGGCCUUUCUUCCAGCGGGGAAGGGCAGGGUACAGGUACCUCGCACAAUGUGACGGAUGACACGCUGGCAUUUAGGGGGACAAUCAGACAGGGGACAAAGGACGGGGAGAGGUUUGUCUUUUCCACAUCCAGACGGGGAGCAGAGGAAGAGGCGGCGGAGAGCUGCACAGAAGAUGAAGCAGUUACAGGAGAGGAGAUAUUUAGGCCACAGAAAACAGAGGAGUGUGAAAUCUCCCAGAGGUACGCAGAUGAAAAGCAUCGCGAGGAAUCCAGGCCGAACCGAAACAGUGAAAAUCCAUUAGCGGAGAAUGAGAGCGACGCGAAUGAAACAAGACCCGCACAGUCACACGCAGGUGAAUUCAAUCCGAACCAGACCCGCGACGAGACGUUCGAGCAAAGCCAAAUAAUGGCAAGCAAAUCUAAAUUGGGGGAAUCGGAGAAUGACGGCGCCGCAUCGAAAAAGGAGGCCUUGGAAGUAUUCAGAAAGGCACAGGUGGACCCUUCCUGCUGUACAACAAGUGAGGAAACAAAGAGACUAACGGGUGCAGAAGUGGGAAGUAUUCAGGUGUUAAAUGAAGAAGCAUGGCAGCGUAAUGAUGGAGCACGUGAUAAACAGACAAGGCCAGUCAGAGCAGGGGAAGUGGAGGACAGUGUUGGACAAAAGUCUGAAACAGGUGAACACGCAUUAGUCUCAAAUCAGACAGAGGAGGGAAAAUGCUCGAGUUUGGAGAGGAUCAUCGAGGAGAGACAGGAAAUAAACCUUCCAACACAGACGAGACAUGAAAAGGUCAUCAGGAGCGAACAUGACACAUUUCCAACAGAUAAGUGUAACCCACAUCCGGUGGAGAUGGUGGAAAUGAGACAAAGUCAUUCAAAGGAUGAUCUGAAGGAUCAGAGAGAGGACGCGGGUCACGAAAUGAGCCCCGAGGAAGUUACGGCGAAGGAGAUGGGUGCGAAGAAAGACACUUCAACAGACCUUCAGCGCCGAGCGGAGACGCUAGAGAGAAUAGAGGAAGAUAUGAGUCAGAGAGGCAAAGAUGAGAGGGUGAGUAUUGGAAGGCUGAAAAUAGAAGCACCGGGGGAGUUGAUGGGUAAUGUGGGUAACCCUCAGGGGGAGAGGAGGAGCGCACCAGCUCAAUUGAAAGAACAAGAGUUGUCAGCAGAAGUCGAGAGCUCUCCACGUGUUGAAUGUAAGAAACUGUCAGAGGGAACAAAAGACCCUCUCACAGCAGAAAAUACCGCAGCACUCCAGGUGAUAGAGUCUGGAGUGGAGGAGGCGCUCAUAGAAAGAUUCGGAGAAGAUUUGGUCAGGGGGAUUUGGGAGGAGGUGUUUGAUCUGACGGCGCGGGCCUCUGAUAGAGACGCAGAUACUGUUGAUGGUACGGCGGGCGAGCUCGUAGACACAGCUGAUAUUCUCUCUGAGAAAGACUCUGACGGUGCUUUUGAUUCGGGUGUAUUUUCCUUGACCGAACUGCCGCCUGAUCCAAAUUCACGUCUCUGCCGAGGCCUACAGCAAACCACGGCAACCGAGAGCAACGAGUACUGCCCAAAUGAAAAGAGCCAGUCACUGUUCACCAUAGAGCAAACUCACUUUCUCUCAGAGUCUCCGACUGAUUCGAACUCAAGCGCCCCUCUCACUCAAGAUCUCAUUUUAGCAGCUAGGUUGAACGAAUCUGCCCAAAGCUCUCCGAGCGAUCAGGGAAACGACACUCAAAUAAAAGCACCAUCAGUCACCCGUCAGGCGACAGGCGGACAAAUAGGAGAGAGCGCAGUCUCCCGCAAGGAGAGAUUUAAUCGAUCAGUUCCCCGAGAGAGAUCCCCCUCCGAGAAACUAAAAGAGUCCGAUAGUCUCGUCUGGUGGAGUAUGCUAUACAUCCUCGGUCACGUCGUCAGACUUAUAAUCUGCGCCCUCUUGGUCGCUGGAUUCUUCCUCGUCGUUUUCAUGUGGGAUUUCCCAGCCUUCUCUGCGCUCUACGGGUUUUCAUUGAGCUGGUGGUUUUACAAAUGGAAGAGGCAUCGAGCGAUGGACAACAAGGGGAUGGUGGGGUAGGGAGGGCGCAACACUUUCAAACACGAGUACAUCAAAAUCAAAUGAACUGUAAAGUCUUCAGUAUCUUCAUGCUGUACGUCGUGAAGAUGACUGGAAGCUACGAAAUGGUGCAAUAAAACUAAAUCCUGCUCCGGGCACUGGUCGUGUGAUUGGCGGUGUGUAUUUGCCGUAUAUCCGGCUGUUUGUUUUCCAUUUUUAAGGAAAUUUAGUGCAGUUGCUCCCCCCACCUUUCUGGCUGGUGGCCCCUUAAAGGUCCUACUUGUAAGAUAUGUGUAUUUGACGAGCUGGGAAUGAGACUCUAAAGCCAACUUUCUUACAAAGUGGACCUUUAAAACAAAGCAAUGUGCACCAGUUGCAUAUGUCACAGCCAGCUCAACAGAAGAGUGUUUUUAUCCACUGAUUUUCAUGUUCACUAUUUAAAUGAUCAGAGGAAAGUGUGAGAAAACAAACAUUUCACCCUUUCAGCCCUUUUUAUUCUUUUCUUUGACACAUGUGUGGUGUAUUGGUAACCACUGUAUUAUUGAAUCAGGAGAGAUUUGGCUUUAUUCAUCAAAUCAACAAACACAUGCAUCUUUAAAAAAUGAUAUUGAAUUUAAUUUGAGUGAAAUCUGAAUUUGGAUUUUUCCCUUUUUUGGUUUUUGGAAAUUUCUAUGAAAAUUUGCCUGCUGUUGAACGUCUGCAACCACGUGUGUGUGAUGUGUGACUAUUUGCUGUGUUUUAUGGGCCCAAAAUCACUUUACAAUGUGCUCAACGGAACAAAGCGGCGGUGUGUUUGGUUCGUGCAGGGAAACGGUGCAACAGUGGGGCAUUUGAGACUGGAAAACUUGUCUCUAUCCUUGCUUUUCUUCAAUAAAAGAAAGUCACGUGACUGAAGAAACCACUAAUUGUGUCUUUCAUGCCCAACAUUUGCCCAUAUGUGUUUUGUCCUUUCAGAUUUCAUCAGAUUUCAUUGGUUAUAUUGCUGUAUUGAUGUAUCUAUUCAAUUUAUUAUGCAUCUUCUCCUUAUCAUUUUUAAAAUGUCUCCUUUUUUAAGCAUUUAAUAGUUCUUUGGAAUAGUACCAAAAGAGUUAUUCCCCAAAUAGAGCUGCCCUCUUCUGCUGUAUGAGCCUAACAACUUGUUCUGUAUCCAACCCUGCAUUAAUAACAAUCAUGCUUGUCACA